AUGUCUGUAUGCACCCCCAAGGGACGGAUCGCCUCGGCUAAACUCAUCUGGGCUGCACGAGGAGCCAAUGGCGCCGCCCGCCAAGGGCGGUCUUCCUCGGACCAGGGCCCGUUUACGUCCGCGUACACGCCGGACGUGGUGUUCUUCUUUGGAAGUUGCGACGAAUCGACGCAUGCUUUUGCCGCAGACCACGUCUUUGCCGCUGGUCUGCAUACUCGAUGUGUCACUGACGAUUCAUCGUCAGAUCUAGGUAGUAGCAUCGCUUCUUCCAAAACCAGCAUAGCCAGCUCACUCUACCACUAUCGUCUCGAAAAUGGACGAACAUACCAUCGGUACAAGGAGGGCAGAUACCAAUACCCCAACGACGAGAAGGAGAGUGAUAGGUUGGACCUUCAACAUGAGCUGUGUCUACUGACCCUGGACGGCAAACUCGGCUUGGCGCCGCCCAACGACGACGACUCCAAGGUCAAGCGCGUUCUUGACUUGGGCACGGGAACCGGCCUUUGGGCGAUUGACUUUGGCGACACACAUCCCGAAGCAGAGGUCAUCGGAGUUGAUCUCUCCCCUCCCACUGCGGAGGUUCCCCCGAACGUCAUCCUCGAGGUCGAUGACAUCGAAGAGCCGUGGACGUACACUCGGCCCUUCGACUACAUUCACAGCCGAAUGAUGACGUCGAGCAUUUCGAAAUGGAAGGAAUACUUCCAGAAAAGUUUCGACAACCUGGUGCCCGGUGGGUAUUUCGAGAUGCUCGAGGUCGGCAGCCAGCUCCAGUCGGACGACGGCUCGAUGUCUGAAGACUCGGCGCUCGUCAGGAGCGGUGAGCUGCUGCGUGAGGCGUGCGAGAUCUUCGGGCGGCCGUUCCAGAGCAUCCCGGCGCUGGUCGACGUCAUGAAAGAGGUCGGUUUCGUCGACAUCGUCAUGACGAAGUUCAAGUGGCCAACAAACUCGUGGCCCAAGGACCAGAAGCACAAGCUCAUCGGCACGUGGUCGCUUGAGAACAACCUCGAGGGCAUCGAGGGCUGGACCAUGGCUGCGUACACUCGGGCUCUCAAUUGGAAGAAGGAGGAGGUGCAGGUCUUUCUCAUCGACGUCCGAAAGGAGCUCAAGGAUAGGAAUAUCCAUGCGUACAUGCCCAUUUACGCUAUAUACGGAAAAAAGCCGAAGAAGGGGCUCCAAGUGGGAUCUACACCGAAAUCCGUAUAG